AUGUCACCCACUCAAUUUCCUCGUCACCUUAAACCCAUUGAACCUCAAGGCAGCUAUCUGCUAGAACAAGAACGCAAGCGGGCUUCUUUUGAUCCAAAGGAUGUCACUCUCACUUUAUAUGGUCAAGACUAUCUUCAAAAGCGUGAACGUAUUCUCAACAUUAUCCAAAAUGACCCUAUUCUCGGCGACAAAUCCCAUCGCUAUUACACGGGUCGCGAUGUCCGAUUCAAAAAGGCAUUGGCCGCGGCGAAUCGUUUGGUAGAGCUCACUAGAAUUCACCAAUGGACUCCCGAGGAACUUGCUAUUGCCGAUUUUCUGUUUGACGAAUCAGGACCUUUUCGGUUACACCGAUCCAUGUUCCAACCCACGAUUGAGAAUCAAGGCACUGAGGAACAAAAGAAAAAGUAUUUGGAGCCUGCAAAGCGAUAUGAGAUCAUUGGUUGCUAUGCACAAACCGAGCUUGGCCAUGGAUCGAAUGUGCGUGGAUUGGAGACAACAGCAACCUAUGAUGUAGCAACGCAAACAUUUGUGAUUCAUUCGCCUACAUUGACAGCCUCCAAAUGGUGGAUUGGUGGAUUGGGUGUGGCAGCAACGCAUGCGAUGGUGAUGGCACGUCUUAUUAGCAACGGCAAAGAUUACGGACCCCAUCCUUUCAUUGUCCAAAUCCGUGAUUUGAAAACCCAUCAUCCGGUUCCUGGUGUCACAGUCGGUGAUAUUGGUCCCAAGUUUGGUUUCAAUACGGUCGAUAAUGGCUUUAUCCUCUUUGAUCGCGUGCGUGUUCCUCACGAUGCUAUGAUGGCCCGCUUCUCAAAGAUCGACAAGGCGACUGGCAACUAUAUCCAACCUCCCAAUUCCAAGUUAUCCUAUGGUACAAUGGUCUUUGUACGUGCCAACAUUGUCCUCGAGUCACGUUUGGUGCUUGCACGUGCCGCUACAGUGGCUAUCCGAUACUCGGCCGUUCGUGCACAAUUUGUGGAUGAAGCCAAUCCCAAAAAGGUGGACUCCAAGACGGUCGAAACUCCCGUAUUGGAUUAUAGAAUGCAACAAUAUCGCUUAUUCCCCAUCAUUGCACAGGCCUAUGCUUGUCACUUUACCGCUAUCGAGAUGCAUCGCAUGUAUUACGAGAACCAAGAAAAGAUGGCUCAAGGCGACUUUUCGAACCUUGCUGAUUUACACGCUUCCUCCUCCGGAUUGAAAAGUUUGACAACGACACUUGGUGUUGCUGGUAUUGAAGAAUGCCGACGUGCAUGCGGUGGUCAUGGUUAUUCUCUAUUCUCUGGCCUUGGUCAAUUCUAUCAAGAUUAUUUGCCCAAGGUUACGUGGGAAGGUGAUAACUACUUGCUGACACAACAAACGACCCGCUAUCUAUGCAAGACAUUCCGUGCAGUGCGUGCUAGUGGCAAGGCUGACAACUUCUCAUCCCAAUACAUGCUCGAAUACCUUGGCAAUCCAAAUGCACGUUGUCCUAUCACUGAUAAGGCCGAUUUAUCGAACCCUGAGAUCCUUCUUUCAGCAUUCAAAUUCCGUGCCGCCUUUUUGGUGGACAAGGCAGUGCAUGCGAUUGAUGUGGAACAGCGUUCAUGGAACGACAUGCUUGUAGAAAUCUAUCGUAUUUCACGUGCUCACUGCCAACUCAUGAUGGUCUCCAACUUUAUAAAUGCCGUCUUUGCUCCCAAUUACAAGCAUCCUGUUUUGCAAAAGGUGGCUAUCCUCUUUUCAUUGUCGGCACUCGAGCAAGAAAUGGCCGACUUUUUGGCAUCGGGUUAUGUGUCGCCUCAGCAAUCCUUGCUGGUCAAGGAAAAACUGAUCCAAGUCCUCAAGGAUAUUCGCCCUGAAGUCGUCUCCCUUGUGGAUGCUUUUGAUUUCCCUGAUUUUGUACUCCAGUCCGCAUUGGGUGCCAAGGAUGGCCGUGCUUAUGAACGCAUGACUCAAAUGGCUGAGCUGGAACCACUCAAUCAAACACCCGUUGCUGAUGGCUACGAUGAUUAUAUUCGUCCUCUCAUUCACGCUGGCAAAAAUGCUUGGAAACUUGACGAGGAUGGUGUCGCACGUCUAUAG